AUGCAAUGCCCAUGCAAACCUAGACAAGUAUCUAAUACUUGUUUUCUAUAUGCAAUAAGGCGCCUAGGUGCAUUAGCCACAUUUUCUGCCUACGCCUGUGAAGGUUCACGCUCAUCCGGAAUCAUACAGAAACUAGAUGAACGCCUUCACCCGGGCACUACAGUCCAUCGCGGUACCCGGUUCAUCCUUCCAUCUAUUGGCCUUACUGGCGCACCAUGCCAAUGUCUGGUUGGAUCCCAUAUCGUCAUAUGGUACCAUACUCGGCCAAGGCAGCUGACCAGGUUAUCCUCCGAGUCUUCCUCCCUUCAUGCACAGCCUCCACGCUGCCAAUCCGGUUGGGCUCUGACGUGCGAGAAUGCGCUUGACUACACCUUCCUAGACAACAUGUGGUUAGACACGCCACAUGUUCUCAAUACUUAG